UACAUGAUUUCACUGGCUUAACAUGAUCUCAAUCGCAUACCAAAGUGACACUAAGGGAUUAUUACUAAAAAUCACUGAGAUUUCACAAUGCUGAGAUUGUUUAUUUAAGUGACAUUGACAUGGAAUAUUUUUUCAUUUCUGGUAUUCAAUCUCUAACGGAUCAUUAGCUUGUGUUACUCGCAAACAGCACUCUGGCUUUUGUACGUUACAUCUCUGCUACUUUGAAAUCUAGUUGACAGGAUAGUGCGUAAUAUUAAAAUUUCAUCUACCUCUUUUAUAGGCUAUAUGAUUGUUAAAUAAUCUGUCACAAUUUUCAUUAUAUUUUGCUGUAUAAUGCGGAGUUAUUCAUCAUGAGUUGCUGAUCUUAUAAAUAAAUCAUGACAUCCAUAUGAAGUACCGGUAGUCAAAAUAUUGUGGUCGGUAUCACUAAUUUUGGUUAGUAUUUUGCCUUGGGCAAAGGUAUAUGAUGUAGCUGAUAGUAUCACCAUGACAUUGUACAUUUUUGUAUGUACAUAUAUAUCUUGUGAGUGGCAUAGGUAUAGUCAAACAACAAGCUAUCAAAUAUGGAAGGAAAACUUGUGAUUGUGAUUUUAUGUUGCAUCUUCAAAGCCUCAGCAAAUGGAGGAAAACAGAGUAACGGUGGUUUAAAAGUCAGUGUCACAACUACCACUGUUCCACUACCAGUUUGUAUCAAGUAUUCAACUGGUGCAUAUCUGACAAACGGACAUCGAGUCUACUUUCAAACUGCUAAAGUUGUUAAUGGUUCUGAUACAAAACUUCCAAUUCUACUUCUCCAUGGAGCUGCUUUCUCGUCACAGACUUGGAGAAAAUUAGGAACAUUACGGUUCUUGGCAAAAAAUGGCUACAAUCCUAUUGCUGUUGAUCUACCAGGAUUUGGACGCACAAAAGGCUAUUUUCGAGGAGACACUGAUGAUUUUAUGGAUGAACUUAUUGCUAAUAUUGGAAUUGAAAGACCUAUUCUUGUCAGCCCAUCAAUGAGUGGCCGCUACUCAAUACCUUAUGUGCUUAAUCAUUCUUCUAAACUGAGGGGAUAUAUCCCAAUAGCGCCUUCUAAUUAUGGCGGAACAAAAGAAAAAUUUCAGAAAAUUAUUUUACCAGCAUUGAUUGUUUAUGGCUCGAGGGAUACUUGGGGCAAAAGAACUAGUGAAGUUAUAGCGAAUAUACCUGGUAGCAAAAUAAAAGUCAUCCCUAAUGGUAGUCAUCCCGCAUAUCUUGACAAUCCUAAUUUAUUUCAUAGAUUUGUCAAAACGUUUCUUGAUCAGAUUUAUGCAACAGAAAUGGCAUCAAUGCAAUCGAAUAGAAAUUCCAGUGCUCUUAAUAGCACAACUUCUUCUGCCAUUUUAUCUACUGGUACUUCUGUUCCAAAUACUACAGUGGCAUCUCUACCCGAUGACUCAAUGUGAAAUUUGUGUUUCAGUUUUUGACUUUUUUGUUUGUGACGAAUAAAAUAUAUGGAAAUCAUCAGA